GUACAUUUUCCACAAACUUAACUUUACUUCACUGUCCUUUUUUGGUCUUGAUAUAAGCCCCUCCGCGGUGACAUCUUGACUGUCGACGUGCCAUGUCUUACCGCCCAUACCACCUUCCCCUGUCCCUCCUUGUAUUUCUACCACUUGUCUCAGGGCAUGGGUAUGUCGCGCAAGUCGCAAUCGAUGGCAAAGACUACUAUGGGAACGUCCCCAAUGCCAAUCCUGUUCCCAGCAUCGUCAGACAGAUCAAUGAUGUCGCACCUGUGAAGGGCGCUGAUAACCCAUACCUCAAUUGCGGCCAAGAUGCUCAACUCGCAUCACUUGUCGCCGAUGCUAAUCCUGCCAGUCAGUUGCAGUUUUGGUGGAAGGGCGGGGACGGCAGCAACUGGCCGCAUAAUAUUGGCCCCAUCAUGACCUAUAUGGCACAGUGUGUCAACACGACAUGUGAUCAGUAUAAUUCAACAAAGGCUGAGUGGUUCAAGAUCGAGGAGACGGGGCUGCAGCCAGGCGAUAUGGUUUGGUAUCAGCAAAAUAUCAUGAAUGGUGGCCCAUCAAAUGUAACCCUCCCUCCAACACUCGCUCCUGGGCAGUACCUCAUUCGACACGAGAUUAUCGCGCUGCAUCUCGCAACUGCGAUGGGUGGGGCCGAGUUCUACCCUAGUUGUACCCAGGUUAAUAUUUCGGGUGACCAAACGGGUAUCGCCACAGCAAGUGCAGAGGUCACUUUCCCAGGCGGGUACAGCGAUGACGAUCCGGGAAUUUACGACCCAACGGUCUUCGACACGCCCGUGCAGUACACAUUUCCUGGGCCUGCAGUUGUCUCGUUCGCUGCCACUGUGUCAAAUACGUCGUCACCGACAUCUUCCAAUCCCAGCUCAACUACUACUAGUACAUCUGCGCCCUCUUCAACUGCAUCGGGCAGUGGAGGCGGAAAUCAGUGCAGAGUAACCACGGCGCAAGCUGCUUUUGUUGUACAUGCACGUCACCCACGGAGCGUGUCGAGAGUGAUGAGGCGUUGGUGGGAGAUCUUGGCCAGCUCUUCGUGAAUAGCCUCAAUAUCUCGGUGGUCAGCGAGCAAUUACGAUUGUCACGAUAAUUAGAUCUGGAGAGACGGAUUUGGGUACAGGGCGGGGGAUAGCGGUUUCCUGUUGGUGUUGAUUAUUUUGCGACCCUGUUACUACCGUAUCUGGUUGUACCACUUGGUUUAGAUCAUAUCAUAUGUAAAGGCAGUACCACUUUUUUGCAUAUGUUGUACCACCAUGUGUGGAGUAGUUACGUUCAAGUUAUGAUGUCGAUGAACCCCCGUGUAUCGAUAUCGUAUAGAUAAAAAACAUAAUGUAGUUAGACUAAGCUUGCUUGAUUUCCUUCUAACGUCAGCGUAUAAUCAGCACGAAUGUUUUCGGUG